AUGGCGGCGCAGCCGCAGUCGUCAGGGGCCCCCAAGGGGGCCCCCCAGUUGUCUGAGCCCCCUCAGCUUUCUUCCGCAGCAGACAUGACGGGGCCCCCGUCCCCCCUUUCUCCCCCCUCCCCAGCAGCAGCAGCAGCAGCAGCAGCAGCAGCGGCUCCAGGAGAGGGGCAGGUGUGCGUCUGCGUGGAGAGUCCCCGGAGCCGCGUCGGAGGCCGCCGGCGCAGCAGCAGCCGCAGCAGCAGCAGCAGCAGCAGCAGCAGCAGCAGGAGCCUGGAGCAGCUGAAAGCAGCAGCGCCGCUGGCUUCCGCGCAGCCCACGCCGUGGGGCCUCAACCGCUAUUUGCUGCUGCUGCUGCACCUGCUGUACGUGUCAGUGAGCGCCCGCGUGCUGUUUGGGUGGCCGCACUUGUCGAACAUGCUGCUGCGGGACGGGGCGUACCUGUGGCUGUGCGACCCGCAGCAGCAGCAGCAGCAGCAGCAGCAGCAGCAGCAGCAGCAGCAGCGGCGGUACGCGUGCGCGGCGCAGGACGAACAAGUGCAGUUUCUCUUCACGCUGGGAAUGGCUGUCUCCUUUUGCUGCUCGCUGCCCGCGGGGGCCCUCCUGGACUGGGGGGGCCCCCGUGCUGCUGCAGCAGCGGGGCAGCUGUGUGGGGCCGCGGGCUGGCUGCUGCUGGGCCUCUCGAAGCAGCAGCAGCAGCUCUACGUGCCUGCUGUGCUGCUGCUGGCAGCAGGAGCUGACGCAGGCUAUCUCCCGGCCUUAACUGUGGCUAAGCUUUUCCCGCAGCAGCAGCAGCUUGUCUUGGUUUUGGUUUGUGCAGCAAUGAGUGCCAGCUUCAGCGUGACGGCCAUCAUGGACGCGGCCUGGCGGGCCUCUGCUGCUGCUGCCCCGCAGGCCUUAUUUGUCGCAGGAAGAACUCAGCAGCAAAUUCGCAGCAGCAAACGACCCCGCAGAAAGAUCCACUCUCAAGUGCGACCCCGACGAGCCCGAGCUGCUGCUGCCCCGCCCCGCUGCAGCAGCAGCAGCAGCACCAGCAGCAGCAGCAGCAGCAGCACCCGCAGCAGCAGCAGCGGCGGCGGACGAGGCCGCGGGGGUGCCGAGCGAAGCCGCGCUCGCCGCGCCCCCAGAAGCAGCAGCAGCAGCAGCAGCAGCAGCGCCCGCAGCAGCAGCAGCAGCAGCAGCAGCGCCCGCAGCAGCAGCAGCAGCAGGAGGCAAGGAGACGUCGUUUGUGCGGCAGGCGUUGUCUGCGCACUUUGUGCUGCUGCUGCUGUACUGGGCUUUGGACUCAGUGCAUUUUAG